AUGCAAUUACAGAAUAUACUACUAGCUAGUUCGCUAGUUUCUGGACUGUCACUCGCUACCGAUUCAUCGUCGAGCGGCGCCAAUGGCUACGCACCAUCCAAAAUUUCUUGCCCCGAUGAUGGUGCUUCUCUAGUUAGAAAUGCGUCCGGUUUGUCUACCGCUGAAAUUGACUGGCUCGAAAAAAGAGAUACUAACACCAAGGAGGCUUUGCAUUCCUUCUUAAACAGAGCUACUUCUAAUUUCAGCGACACUUCUUUGCUGUCCACUCUUUUCGGUAGCAACUCCUCCAAUGUGCCCAAAAUUGGUAUUGCAUGUUCCGGUGGUGGUUACCGUGCCAUGCUGGGCGGUGCAGGUAUGAUUGCUGCUAUGGACAACCGUACUGAUGGUGCCAACGAGCAUGGUCUAGGUGGGCUGCUACAAAGCUCUACGUAUCUAUCGGGUCUAUCAGGCGGUAACUGGCUAACAGGUACAUUAGCCUGGAACAAUUGGACCUCCGUGCAAGAAAUUGUAGAUCAUAUGAGUGAAAGUGAUUCCAUCUGGAAUAUAACCAAAUCUAUCGUGAACCCAGGUGGCUCUGACUUAACUUACACUAUUGAAAGGUGGGAGUCUAUCGUGCAAGAAGUGCAGGCCAAGUCCGACGCUGGCUUCAACAUCUCUCUGUCCGAUUUGUGGGGCCGUGCUCUUUCUUACAACUUCUUUCCAAGCUUACCAAAUGCAGGCUCUGGUUUGACUUGGUCCUCUUUGAGGGAUGUUGAUGUGUUCAAAAAUGGUGAAAUGCCUUUGCCAAUUACAGUCGCUGAUGGUAGAUACCCUGGGACCACCGUGAUCAACUUAAAUGCCACUCUUUUCGAAUUUACUCCGUUUGAAAUGGGUUCUUGGGACCCUUCUUUGAACGCCUUCACUGACGUCAAGUAUCUAGGUACCAAGGUUAUCAAUGGUAAACCAGUUAACAAGGAUCAAUGUGUUUCUGGUUAUGAUAAUGCCGGAUUUGUCAUCGCUACUUCUGCUAGUUUGUUCAAUGAGUUUUCCUUGGAAGCUACCACUUCAACCUAUUAUCAGAUAAUUAACAGUUUUGCCAACAGGUAUGUUAACAAUUUGUCUCAAGACGACGAUGACAUUGCAAUCUACGCCCCAAAUCCUUUCAAGGAUACCGAGUUUGUUGACCGUAAUUAUACUUCAAGUAUUGUCGAUUCCGACACUUUGUUUUUGGUGGAUGGUGGUGAGGAUGGUCAAAAUUUGCCAUUGGUCCCAUUAAUCAAGAAGGAACGUGACUUAGACGUAGUAUUCGCCUUAGAUAUCUCCGACAAUACCGAUGAGUCAUGGCCAAGUGGUGUCUGUAUGACUAAUACUUAUGAGCGUCAAUUUUCCAAACAAGGUAAAGGAAUGGCUUUUCCAUACGUUCCAGAUGUGAAUACCUUCGUUAACUUGGGCUUAGCUAGCAAGCCAACCUUUUUCGGCUGUGAUGCAACUAAUUUAACAGAUUUGGAAUAUAUUCCACCUUUAGUUGUUUACAUUCCAAAUACGAAGUAUUCGUUCAAUGGCAAUCAAAGUACUUUAAAGAUGAACUACAACGUCACUGAACGUCUUGGAAUGAUCAGAAAUGGUUUCGAGGCUGCUACAAUGGGUAACUUUACUGAUGACUCAGACUUUCUAGGUUGCAUCGGUUGUGCUAUUAUUAGGCGUAAGCAAGAAAGUUUGAACGCUACCCUUCCAUCUGAAUGUACUAAAUGUUUCACCGAUUACUGUUGGGAUGGUAAACUAAGCACUUCGGCCAGUCCUGAAUUAUCCGGUAACAGUACAAAUGAAGGCGGAGCAAUUGCUUCCGCAAUUUCCGAGGCUACUGAUGGUAUUCCAAUAACAGCUCUUCUAGGUUCAUCAAGUUCCGGAAACAUUACUUCGAAUUCAACGAUAUCAACCUCAUUGAAUGGUACGUCCAACUCGAAUUCUUCAUCAAACGCAACCUCAAACUUGAAUUCCACAUCCUCUUCUGUUUCUGCCUCCUCCUCCACAGGUUCCUCCUCCUCCUCCUCCACCUCUUCAUCGGCGGCAAGCAAAGCAAAUGGUGCUGCUAUUUCUUACGCGAAUACUAACACCCUGAUGAGUUUGUUAGGCGCUAUAACAGCAAUAUUUGGUUUGAUUUAA